UAACGAGGGACAGCCCCGAACAACUUGACGGUCUUAUUGUGACGCACGCGAUGGCUGUGGCAGUGCUGUCUACACCGGAGCAUCGUAAGGACACGGCGGGAGACAAUAACAACACAGGCGCCUUCGCUUUGCUACUCGUGCAAGAGUGGCUGGUGGCCUGCAAGCUCGCGUCCACUGCGCAAUGUCUUGUUGACGAAUGUACGCGAACGGAGCGAGAUAUUCCAUCCAGAAUGGUGUGGAACCGAAUGGUGGAGAGCUUGGGUUUUGGCCCUCGGAGUCCGGCAACUGGAGGGAAACACAGUGGCGGUAAUACGACAUUACUCGAAGCUCUCAUCCGGACAGUUGUAGAUCAACACGAGAAAGAAAUAGCACAAACGCUCCGCAACCAGGCAAUGGUUCCGCAACAGCAAAUUGUGAUCAUGAGCAAGAAGAGAGAGUUGAAAUUCGUUGGCAAAAGAUCUUUGCCGAUGUCCAGCAAUAAUACCUCCGAUAGAACACCCAAACUUUCGAGUUCUUCGUCUUCGAUUGGGCUCCGACCAAAGUCUGCGAUGGUCUGCAAGAGCACAUCCGAUCUCAUUUCGAAAGCUAGUGUUGAGUCGAUCAAUAGCGGCUCAAGGUCUUCGAUGUCGCCUGGUAUGCGCUCCUUCGUGAAAAAGACUCCCGGAACGAAUAAGAGACCCAUUAGUGCUACCAGUGUGCUCACUCCACAUAAAGACCUCGUGGUGCAGAAGAAAGCUGUAGCACCAACUAGAACUCCAUCAUCGCGCUCACCAACGUCUAGUAGUGCUCUUCAUGACGGGAUAGGGACGGCAGAUGCAGUAACGAAACCAAUUGCCCACCACAACAACUUGGUGGUGGGGCUUCGUGCAAGUUUGCCUCAUAUCGCGGAUUUUACUGGAGCAGCGAUUACACCAGAAGUCGACGAAGGCGAUGAAGAAGAUGGAAGCUCCAAGCAGGACGAGAUGACUGCUCAACAAGCACCAAAGUUGUCCCUCGAGGAAAUGAGUGAGGAACGUCUCAUGGAGCAGUUUGGAUCGAUCUCGCGUUGUGCCAUCAAGAAGCUACGUCGUGUGUUGGCAAAAUCGCAUGCAUAUUCACAGGAGUUCGAGAAGUCUCAGCGCACAGUUGACAAGAUCAAAACACGCGCUAAAUUGCGUCAAUUGCGACGCGUACUUGCGGAAGAACAGACACCGUUAUUAACCAGUACCAUGGCGGCUCUCACGAGUGAGCCAUGUUCACUUUGCUUGUACGUGUUCCCGAAGAAGAAUCUCACAACUAAAGUAUCCUACAAAUGCAUCGUUGAUCUACGAUCGUCGUGGGCAGUAGCGAACGGGACAGCAACAAGCAGUGACGAGGCUGCACAGCAAGUUGCGGAGGGAAUGACGCAUGCGAGGAUGACGCAUUUGUACGACGAGGCUCCAGUCUGCGUGUUUUGCUCGCAGCUAGUACUAAACUCCUCCUCGUAUCGACCCUCGUCUGCUGAGCGUCGAGCACAGCAUGCCAGGGAGCGACACGAGGCUUUGAAGAACUUGAAGGAUCUCGAGGCGAAGGAGCAGCAUGACCUCGAAAAGUGCGAUCCGCUCGACUACCACAGCUACGAGCUCAACAGCGACGACGAUGACAGCGAUAUUGAAGAGGUUGUGGAGGUGAAAAUGGAUGGCCGCCCGCAGGUGGUUCGACGACGUCGGCGACAGACCAUGCGCGCUCCAGUGCAGCUCGGCGUGGUGUCCAAACGCCUUCACUACGACCACUUACGGAGCGACUCGAUGCACAUGCUCACACUGAACGAGUGGCAAAAGAUCACGCGCUAAAAGAAACAAAUUGCAACAUGAUCCAACAGCAACUGCAACAGAGUGUUAGCCAAAGCCAUCUGCUACAUGUAGCGAAAUGCGACUAAGACGUUCGCCACGGGCAGACGUAAAUGACCUAUCAGCUAUAUUAGCCAGAUCAUGUAGUACAUACUCCAAUAUUGUAGUGUAUCGGGAAGUCGAAGCGG